AUGGAUUAUCAGGUCUUUACUCCAUGGCUAACCCCUAUUUUUUCUUUUACAGUUCUUUAUAGCUCCAAGCUGUACAGAUUCUUCAAAUAUAUUGAGAAUAGGGAUGUUGCAAAAACAGUGUUAAAGGAACGGGGCCUGAAAAACAUUCGCAUUGGAAUUGAAGGUUACCCUACCUGUAAAGAAAAAAUUAAGAGAAGGCCUGGUGGCCGGUCUGAAGUCAUCUAUAAUUACGUACAACGCCCCUUCAUCCAGAUGUCAUGGGAAAAGGAAGAAGGGAAGAGUCGCCAUGUGGAUUUCCAGUGUGUUCGAAGCAAAUCCCUCACGAAUCUGGUAGCUGCUGGAGAUGAUGUCUUGGAGGACCAUGAAAUAUUAAUGCAUCACCCACCCCAAGUGGAUGAACUUGACCGGCUAAAUGCCCCACUUUCUCAGAUGGCUUCUAACGACUUUCAGGAUUAGGGCCAGCUGUGGGUCUACCCCUUGUGGGAGCCCAUCUCACCUAAGAUGCCUGCAGCCAGCCCUCCCUCAUGAUUUGUCUCACCCUGAGUAGGAAUCAUGCUUCUCCCCUAUCCUUUUCCUUUCUCCCAUAAUUAACAUGUGUCCUUUCCAGUAAGUCUGUGCCUCUGGCAGGGGAUGAAGAAGUACUCAAAUUAGCUACCAUCUUUGCAGCAUCCUGAUAACUUGAAAAAUUUGGGUCUGGUGCUGUUCACUGAGUCUUUGUGUAACGGCAAAAGCAGGAAAGGAAGUCAAGACUGUUGCCUUGUGUUUAGCAAAGCA